GCUCCGAGCCGGCCGGCCGGGGAAGCGGAGGAGCAGCUCUCCGCUCUCUCGCUGGGAAGGGAGAUCCAAUCGACUGGGCUCGGAUCAACUCCGCGUGUUUGCAUUAAUUCAGUCACAACAUAAAAUACACUGCGUCAGAAAUAAAAAUGACAAAAAACUGGAUCACAUUCUUGCUGUUCUUCCUCUUGGUUACUUUGUUAUUUGCCGCUGCUAUUCCAUCUGAAGGUCAUCAGAAUAUGACAGAGGACUUCGGUCAACUGAGUUUUACACGGAAUAAAAUUAUGACAGCACAGUAUGAAUGCUACCAGAAAAUUAUGCAAGAUCCCAUUCAUAGGAAAGAAGGUCCUUACUGUAACAGGACGUGGGAUGGCUGGUUGUGCUGGAGUGAUGUUGCUGCAGGAACUGUAUCAGUACAGCAUUGUCCUGACUACUUCCAAGAUUUCAAUCCAUCAGAAAAAGUUACAAAGAUCUGUGAUCCAAAUGGGAACUGGUUUAGACACCCAGAAAGCAACAGGACAUGGACAAACUACACCCAGUGCAAUAUCUAUACGCACGAAAAAGUGAAGACUGCUCUGAAUUUGUAUUAUUUGGCCAUCAUAGGACAUGGUCUUUCAAUUGCCUCACUUCUGAUUUCUCUUGGCAUAUUCUUUUACUUUAAGAGCUUGAGUUGCCAGAGGAUUACUCUUCAUAAAAAUCUCUUUUUCUCUUUUGUUUGCAACUCUGUUGUAACAAUAAUUUCACUGACUGCAAUUGCCAACAAUCAGGAAUUAGUUGCAGCUAAUCCAGUUAGCUGCAAAGUGUCAAUGUUUAUCUACCUGUACCUAAUGGGUUGCAACUACUUCUGGAUGCUGUGCGAAGGCAUUUACCUGCAUACCCUUAUUGUGGUGGCUGUUUUUGCUGAGAAACAGCACUUGAUGUGGUAUUACCUUCUUGGCUGGGGUUUUCCACUGAUCCCUGCCUGCAUACAUGCUGUUGCUAGAAGCUUGUAUUAUAAUGACAACUGUUGGAUCAGCUCUGAUACUCAUCUGCUCUACAUCAUCCAUGGCCCUAUUUGUGCUGCUCUAUUGGUGAAUCUUUUCUUCCUGUUAAAUAUUGUCCGUGUACUCAUAACCAAGCUGAAAGACACCCACAAGGCAGAAUCCAACCUGUACAUGAAAGCAGUACGAGCUACCCUCAUUCUGGUUCCCCUGCUCGGCAUUGAAUUUGUGCUGUUUCCAUGGCGACCGGAAGGUCGAAUCACUGAGGAAGUCUAUGAAUAUGUGAUGCACAUCCUUAUGCAUUACCAGGGUCUACUGGUCGCUACAAUUUUCUGCUUCUUCAAUGGAGAGGUCCAAGCUGUUUUGAGAAGACACUGGAAUCAGUACAAAAUCCAGUUUGAGCACAGCUUCAGCCACUCAGAUGCUAUGCGCACUGUUUCCUAUACAGUAUCAACAAUCAGUGAUGUUCCAAGCUACAGCUACAACCACGACUGCACCAGUGAACAUUUAAAUGGCAAAGGCUAUCAUGACAUGGAGAGUGUAGUUUUAAAAACUGAAAAGUUAUAUGGUUGACUGAAAAGACUCUGCGUAUGCCAGUGUUCACCCUCAUAGUUUAUGAACUUGAAGUUUGAUUUGAUGACUUAAUGGCCAGAAGAUUCAGUCUAACUUGGGAGUAUGACCUUCUCCUGAAUGAUGCAAACUAAACCAACUCAUUUUCGUAUGUAUAAAUAUAUGUGUCUGUGUUUGUCUAUUGAUAGUAUGGACAUCCAUACAUGUAUCUAUCCACUUAGCUAUAUAUAUGUGUGUAUUUACAGAAGUAUACAAACGUUGCCUCUUCAGUUUCUACUAUGUAGACAAAGUUGGCAAUUUUUUGUACAAGGGGAAUCAAUGAAUGAAGGAUUUUGUAUUUUCUUGGAAGUUUCUAUGAAGACGGGGUUGUACUGAAGCCACUUCAUUUGCCUAUAGAAACUUAGGGUGUAAAUACCAUACUAUAUUGUCUUAAUCAAACCUAAAACUGAACAAAGGAAAAUUGUUAAAAUAGGUGCAAUAGUUACAGCAGCUUGUUCAGGUUAAUUUUAUGUCCAGUAUUUUAUUGUCAAAAAGCAACAAAAAAACACCAACAGAUAGUCUAAGAUAAUAGACACAAGAUACUAAUGCUGAGCCAGUUGGAUUUUGCAACUGUUUUUAAUGAAGCAUCAGAGAUGCUAGUACAAGUCUAAGAUUCUAUUCACUUGUGUAUUGCAGCAUAAUAGUUUACAACAAGCCUUGAACAAUUUUAUUUAAACUGUUUUCACAUACACAGGAGUGUCUCCUCCUCUUCAAGCUUAUGAAUGCAGAUGAGAUCAAUGAUGAAGCCUUACUGAAAAGUAAGAAAGAGUACAGAAAGAAUAGUAACCUGAAUACCUAUAAAUCCAUCUGACUAUUAAUUCAAGCUUAUGGAACUUCACUGUCUGCUUAAGCAUUUUACUUGGCUGGGAAAAAUAAUGUACAGAUUUUGUUAUAGCCAUGUGGUUUGUUUUGUUUUUCUUUUAAGGAUUUCCAUGGCCAAUAUGCCUGAAUGCCUGAUAAAAUUAUUCCUUUGUUUUGGAGGGCAGUGUUUUGAUUACGUUUGUGACUUGUUUAUUUAGGGAAAAGUGGACUGGACUGAACACAGUGAAAAUGAUUUGCUCUCUGUGAAGCCAGUGUAUGAGAUGGAUUAAUCAAGCAAAUUAACAUCAAUAACAUAUUAUUCCUUUUUUUUUUUUUUUUUUUUUCUUUUUUUUUUGAAAAUCCAAUCUAGGAUUUGUCUUAGAAAACUUUGAUGUUUAAGAAUUUUAAUAUUAUUUGAGAGGCGCUUGAUUCAGACCAGUUCUUUUUAAGGAAGUUAUUGCUUUUGGUUGUACUGGUUUAUAAAGGUCUCUCUGAAGAAUGAGAAGGUUGUAGAGAAGAUAUUUUAAAAAUGUGUCUAGCAAACUGUAUACAUCUUUAUGCUUCAAAGAAAUAGUAGUUAUAUUAAGUGAAACAAAAUGCUGAAGUAUAAGAGAUGAAUUUGUAAUAGUCUUAUUAAAAAAAAAUCUAAGAAGUAGAAAAAUGUGUUAUAGGUGUAUUUUGCAGAAAAAUCUACUUCAAAAGUUGGGGGAGAAAAAAAGAGGAGUGGAGACUGGAGCUUAUCAACGACGAUUAUGCUCAUGUGCAUCAGGUAAGCAGGUAAAAAAACUGAAAGACAGAUUUUUCUAAACCACUUUAGUCCUAAAUACUUAAUUUUGUAUAUGAAGUACUUGAUUUUUACAUCUAAACAUUUUUUUCAGUAGCCUUUCUGUAAGCUUCAUUAGCAUGGAAUUAAUUUGCUGUUUCAGUAUUUAUUUUCUUGUAACUUUGUAAGGCCUCACAUGCUUUGUAUUUAGAAGGAAAAUGUUAGGAGGAUGCAGUAAAUUCAUGCCACUUGCACCUUUCAUUGUUAAUUUUUUUAACACUGUUGUCUAGACUUUGAGUGUAGAGUUUUGUUAAUGAUGUAGUGUCAUAACAUAGAAUCUCAGCUGAGAUAUUAAAAUGGAGAUGUCUCGUGCAAGGCUAUCUGCUCGAGUGAUAGAAAUAACAUGAAAAUCAUGUGCUAUACUAGAACAGUGUGAAAUCUGGAAACCCUGUCUCACAGCAUCUGAUUAUGGUGUCUGUUCCAACAUGGUUAGAAGUUGGUUACAACUCAACUUGCUCAUUUUUUUUAAAAGUAAAUAAUUAAUUAAGUAAUUAAGGGUUACUUAAAAAUCUUUGCAAUGUUCUGAAAGUGCACGUAGUGCAGGACAUCCCUGCUCUGGUAUACCAGCUUUGCACACACAGGGGAACAGAUCAUCAACUGGUAUAAAUCUUGAGUUCCAAGUUUGGAAUCAGUGGGUACUAGCUGAGAAUCAAA